AAAAUAUUUGGUACCAUGGCGAUGCAAACAAAAGCAAAAGCAGUGAUAGAUAAUUUUGUUAAGAAACAAGAAGAAAAUUAUUAUUCAGAACACAAAGUUGAUAUUGUUGCCUUCCAACCUUCUGUUGGAAGAGGUCGAGGCACAGAUGACAAUGUUGCUGCAGAAGAUCGGCCUUUGAUAGAUUGGGAUCAAAUUAGAGAGGAAGGUUUGAAAUGGGAAAAAAAAAAGUGGGCAGACUUACCUCCAAUUGAGAAAAACUUUUACAAAGAGUCAACAACAACAAGCUCAAUGACACAGGUGGAAGUAGACAAUUGGAGAAAGGAAAAUUUUAAUAUAAUGUGUGAUGACUUGAAAGAAGGUGAAAAACGUCCAGUCCCUAAUCCUACCUGCACAUUUGCCGAUGCCUUUCAAUGUUACCCUGAAAUUUUAGAAACCAUUAAAAAGGCAGGUUUUCAAAAGCCAACACCUAUUCAGUCACAAUCGUGGCCAAUAGUUCUACAAGGAAUAGACCUUAUAGGAAUAGCCCAAACAGGAACAGGAAAGACAUUGUCCUAUUUAAUGCCUGGAUUUAUUCAUCUAGACGGUCAACCAAAAGUUAGAGGAAAAAGGGGCAGACCCGGUAUGUUAGUUCUCACGCCCACACGUGAAUUAGCUAUUCAGGUGGACUCUGAAUGUUCUAAAUACUCAUAUAAAGGACUUAAGAGUGUUUGUGUAUACGGUGGUGGAGACAGAGACCGACAGAUAGAAGAUCUUAGAAAAGGUGUAGAUAUCGUCAUUGCAACACCUGGAAGGUUGAAUGAUCUGCAAAUGAAUAACUUUGUCAACUUGAAAAGCAUAACCUACUUGGCUGUGAGUACAGUAGAACAAAGUGUGAUCGUGACAACAGAAGAGGAAAAACGAAGUCAUAUCCAAACUUUCCUAGAGCAUUUAUCGGCUAACGACAAAGUCAUUGUCUUUGUUUGCCGAAAGGCCGUUGCGGAUCAUUUAUCGAGUGACCUGAUUCUCCGACAUAUAUCAGUGGAAUCAUUACAUGGCAACAGAGAACAGAGGGAAAGAGAAAAAGCGUUACAAGAUUUUAAAACAGGAAAAGUAAGAAUAUUAAUUGCUACGGACUUAGCGUCCCGAGGUCUGGACGUUCACGAUAUUACUCACGUAUACAACUAUGACUUUCCAAGGAACAUUGAGGAGUAUGUUCACAGAAUAGGGCGGACUGGAAGAGCAGGGAGAACAGGUGUUGCAAUAACUCUUAUCACGAGAAAUGACUGGAGAAUUGCAACAGAAUUGAUUAAUAUACUGGAAAGAGCAAAUCAGAGCAUCCCGGAGGAGCUUAAAGGAAUGUCAGAAAGAUUCAAAGCACAUCAGUUGAAAAAACAAAUGGAAAGAAAAAUGGGAAGACCACAAAGAAAGCCCAAGAAGUUUUAUUAA